AUGAUUUUCCCGUCCAGCAAGACUUUCUUUCUCCUCGCCGCUGCCUUUGCUGUGGUCCGUGCUGAGGACGACCCCAACAAUGAACGUGGUUUUGGUGGCUUGCGUGCGCCUACCACCACAGCCCCGGCUCCCACCGAUGCUCCCACUCAGUCUCCUGUUGCCACUCCCGAUGACAAAACUACUGUUGACGACACGUCCAACGUCAAGGGAGAUCCUCACUUCCAGACGUUUGGAGAAGAGAAGUAUGACUACCAUGGCGAGUGUGAUUUGGUCUUGUUGAAGAAUCCUCUCUUCAAGGAAGUGGGCAUGGAGGUCCACAUUCGUACCAAGAUCACUGACUGGUGGAGUUCCGUUGAAGCCGCCGCUGUCAAGCUUGGCGAUGAAGUGUUGGAAGUCAAUGCCGGCAACUUGGAUCAGUGGCUCUGGAUCAAUGGCAACGCCAACGAAGAGAUGGAAGACAACAAGUACUACACUUCCCAGGUCAAUGGCAUGCACGUCCGCUACCAGCGCAAGGGUGUCAACCGUGAAGCCAACAUCUACCUUGAAGGCCGCCCCGAACGUGCUGUUGUCGCUCCCAACAAGUGCAAGCUUCCUGAGUUCCGCACCAAGCAGGAAAUGAAGUCCAUGAUUCGCAAGCGUCGUCUUGCAGGUGGACUCUCUGAGGAUGCCAUUGAGAGGGCAUGUGCUCAUGUUCCUGAAGGUGAACGUGAAGAUUGCAUCUACGAUGUCACUGCCACGCAGGAUGUUGGCAUGGCCAGUGUCUUCUAA